AUCGAGGAACUUUUGCCUUGACUUCGACCUUCAACGGCACACAACAGCAGUUCGCAUGAGUACGAUCAAAUAUCAAGAUGAAUUCCGGAUAUUGCAAUGCCGCUUAUCAUCACAGUUUCUUGCGGUGAUCACUCAACUCGGACACUUUGAGGAUGCGCAUAUUCGGGUCCCCAACUUUUGCCGGCCGACGUACAGCAUUUGUCGUCACCACAUCUCGAACAUCUACUCAACAUGUGUUAUUUCACCGGCGCAUUUUCCGACAACUCUCAUCUUAUUAAUACCACGUACCGAGUCAUACUCGCAAUGACCCACCGGCCGCAGUAUUCAAUUCAUCCCAAAAACUCCCCUCACCAAACACCAUCAACAUGACCCAACCCCUCAACAUAAUAAUCCUCGGCGGCGGCAUCGCCGGCCUCACCACCGCGCUCUCCCUGACAAAAUUCUCCCCACCAUCCCACCCUCCGCCAAACAUCACCAUCUUCGAAAUCCGACCCGAACCCGCAACCCUCGGCGGCGCCGUAAACCUCACACCCAACGCGCUACGCCUACUCGCACAUUUAGGCGUGCUAGACGAGAUACGCGCCCAGAACCACGGACACGAGUGUCUCGCCGUCGAAGUCUUCGACCUGUACUCCGGGGCGAAAGUAGCAGAGAGCAGUUUCCGCGGCGCGGACGGGAAAGGCGUGGGGGAUCCGGCGUUCACAGCGCUGCGGAUUUGCCGGGGAGAUGCGCUGAAGAGCGUGAUUAGCGUGUUGGAACGACAUGACAAUAUCAGCCUGAUAUGUGGGAAGAAGACGGUGGAGAUCCGCGAGACGGGGCAGGGUGUCACGAUCUGCUUCGCAGACGGGGCGCAGGCUAGUGCCGAUAUGCUGAUCGGGUGCGAUGGGAUUCACUCUGCGACGCGGCUGCUGCACGUCGAGCCCGAGCGGACGGCCGUGUACUCGGGUAUCUGCAAUGCGUUUGGCUUUGCGCCGCGACGGCGUGGGGAGAACGGUGACUUCGCGCUCACGCACUUCGAGACGUCGGCGUUGAACUUCGGGCGUCGUGGGAUUCUGCUGACGAGCUUCCACAACGCGACGCAGGACUCGAUAUACGUCGGCGCGCUGAUGCAGGUCCCCGAGAUUGCGUCGCGGGACGGGUGGAAAGCCGCGGGUGCGGAUGCGGAGAAGACGCGGGGGGAUAUGUUGGAGCGAUAUGGUGGGGCGGCGAAUCCGCUGAUCGAGCAGUGCAUUAGGGAUACGCGGGAUUUAUUCCUGUGGCCGGUUUUCACGCUGUCCAAGGGCGGGAAGUGGGCGACGGAGCGGGUGGUACUGAUUGGGGACUCGGCGCACGCCAUGCCGCCCCAAGGAGAGAGUACAGGCAUUGUGUUUGAAGAUGGUGUGUUAUUUUCGAGGUGUGUGGCGCGGUGGAUGGAGAAGGGGAGGGAUGCUGGGGUGCCUGUUAAAGAGGCGUUUGAUGCGUAUGAACGGCUGAGGCGGGCGAGAAUCGAUACCGCGUUCGAUGAGAGUCAGAGUGUGGUGAAGACGGUGCAGGAUGCGGGGUGGUUGGGGCACAAGAUCAAGAUGAAUGUUGUGCCUUGGUAUUUGUGGUGGACAAAAGGAUAUCGGGAACAGCACUUUGUUGAGGACGUGACGACGUGUGAUUUGGGUUAUUAAUCGGCUGGACAAAAAAGAGGAUGGAGAUAAUAGUACCUUUAACUGCAAUCGCAACAUCAGUUCCC